ACAAAACAAAAAACAAAAUGGAUCAAGAUUACAAAUCAUUACUACUCUACUUUGCCAUCUUCGUAGUCUCUUACACAAUCACCCAAAAAUUCCUACGCAAAUUCCAAAACUAUCCACCAAGUCCUUUCCUUACACUACCCAUCCUAGGCCAUCUCCACCUCCUCAAAGACCAAAACUCAAUCCACCGCACCUUAUCAAACCUCUCUAAAAAACACGGUCCAAUACUCAGCCUUCAGUUCGGUUCUCGCCAUGCCCUCCUCGUCUCCUCACCCUCGGCCGCGGAAGACUGCUUCCACGGCCACAACGACAUCAUCUUCGCCAACAGACCUCGCCUCAUGGCUGGUAAAAUCCUUGGGUAUGAUUUUACCACCAUGUUAUGGGCGCCAUACGGCGCCCUAUGGCGUAAACAUCGUCGAAUAGCCUCGACAGAGAUCUUAUCCUCGCAUCGCCUCCAUUUGCUCGGCAACAUACGAGCUAAUGAGGUGAGAUCACUUGUAAGGAGACUUCACCAAAAUGGAGGCGAUAAUGCAAUGGUAGAGAUAAAGCCUGCGCUUUUCGAGCUUACGAAUAAUGUGAUGAUGAGGAUGAUUGCUGGUAAGAGGAUAUAUGGAGAUGCAGUGGAGUCUGAGAAUGCGAGAAAGUUUAGGGAAGUUAUAACAGAGAUUAUGGAAUUAGGUGCUGCAACAAAUGCUGUGGAUUUUUUCCCAUUUUUGAAGUGUUUGGGUAUUCAUGUUAGGCAGGAGAAAAAGCUUAAAGCUGUAGCUCUUAAAUUUGACGAGUUUAUUCAGGGUUUGGUGGAUGAGAAAAGGAAGGAAAUGCAAGAACAAGGUGUAUGUGACCAAAAUGUUAAGACUUUGAUUCAGGUUUUGCUUGAGCUUCAGAUCUCAGAUCCAUCUUAUUUCACUGAUGAUAUGAUCAAGGGUCUUGUUGAGACAUUAUUGUUAGCCGGAACAGAAACUUCGUCUACUACAAUGGAAUGGGCAUUAGCACUACUAUUGAACAAUCCUGAAGUUCUUAACAAGGCUCAAAAAGAAAUAGAUCAACAUACACGAAGUGAUCGUUUAAUUGAGGAAUCUGACUUGGUGCAUCUUCCUUACCUUCAUUGCAUCAUAAACGAGACACUUCGAAUGUACCCUGCUGCGCCAAUUCUACCACCGCGUGAGUCUUCAAGUGAUUGUGUUGUAGGAGGUUAUCAUGUUCCACAAGGUACAAUGCUCACAUUGAACAUAUGGGCUAUGCAAAAUGAUCCAAACAUCUGGGAUAAUCCAAGUAAAUUCUGUCCUGAAAGAUUUGAGAACAUUAAAGGUGAAAGGAUUGGUUAUCAGUUUAUACCUUUCGGAUCAGGAAGAAGAGCUUGUCCAGGGGAGAACUUGGCAAUGCGAAUAAUUGGAUUAACUUUAGGAUCCUUAAUACAAUGUUUUGAGUGGGAAAAAUUAGGGAAAGAAGAGGUAGAUAUGAAAGAAACUGUUGGAGUUACUAUGUGGAAAUCUAGUCCGUUACAAGCUAAGUGCAGGCGUCGUAGUAGUAUGAUCAAGUUGUUAGCUUAAACUUGAAACAUGCAUUAAAAUGCCAGCAAUGUCUUUUAUAAUUUGAACUUACAUCAAAAGCUUGAGUCGGUUGUUUUUAUUGAAAUUGAGUUUGGUUAUUUGUAUGUAUAACUUCAUUAUGCUUACAAUGGUUCACUGAAUAUUGGACAUACAUGAAUAUAUGUUAUUGUUGACCAACAGUCUUCCUUCAUCAUAUAUGAGACCUUGGAUUUAGCAUUUAA